AUGCAGACCGCGCCGUGGAGGUCUCGCUGCGGCAGGGCGCGGCGACCCAGUUCAGGCCCAACAAGAAGGCUGGAGGCUGCGCGGGCGGGGAGGCGAGCAUCAAGAGCGUGCAGAACGGCGUGCGCACUCGCAUCGAGGUGCAGCACGGCGCGGACCCUGCCGUGGUCGCGUCGGCACUGCGGCUGGAGCUGCUGCUGCCCAAGCUCGGCGUCUCGCUCGUCGGCGAGCACGGCGGGGGAGCCUCCGAGCUCCUGUAUUUUGAGCUCGAGCUCCUGCGCGUGCGCCUGGACGUGCGAGACGGCGUGGACCGGCAGCUGUUCGACCUCGCGAUCUCGGACAUGCAGCUGGACUUCCACGGCGCGCAGGGAGCGAGACAUCCCCUUGGAUGCGCCGGCCGCCUCCCGGGGGCAGCACGGUCGCGCUCGGCAACCGGGGCGCCGCCUCGAGCUCGAUGCGGCCAGUCCUGCGGGUCGUGGCGGACAGGCGGGGCACCUCCUCGCAGGAGCUGCACCUCCACGCGCUACGCGUCGAGCUGGAGGAGCUGGAGCUGACGGUCGACGACUGCGUCUUCGCGUGCGCCAGCGGCUUCCUGCAAGACACCGGCCUGGUGUCCGGCGGCGGCCAGAGCUCGGCGGCCGAGGGCGACGUGGCCAAGGUCCUGCGCGGCGCGGGCACGUCGCUGCUCGACGCAUCGUGGGCCGUGCCGGCCCCGCGGCAGGCGCUGCAGGUGGACGAGGUGCGGGUCUCGGCCGUGCGGGUCCACCUGUGGUGCAAGGUGCGGCUGGAGGCGCUCGUGUUCAUGUCGAGUGGGUGCGCGUCCUGCUCACCACCUUCACGUUCUCCAAGAGCCUCUCGCUCAAGGGGUCCUGCAUCCACCUGGAGCCGAAGAGCGUUGUCGGCGUCAGGGGCUCUGCGCUGGACUUCGCGACGUCGGUGGCGGACGAGUACCUGGGGGACGUCUUGGAGUCCCUUGGCCCGCUGCUCGGGCGGUCGUCGCUCCUGAACGUGCCGCGCGGCACGCUGAAGAUGGGGGGCAAGAUUGUGCAGGGCGUCGCCUGCGUCAGCGACAGGGCUGCCCAGCUGGCAGACUGGGCCACCCUGGACGACGAGUACGUCGAGCGGCAGGCACGAGCCCGUCGGCGCAGGCAGAUCGGCAGCGUGCAGCAGGGCGUCGCGGAGGCCGUCGGGGACCUCGGCGAGGGCCUCGGCGGCAUGCUGGACGUGGUGCGCAGGCCAGUGCGGGGAGCGCGCGAGGGCGGCGUCGGCGGCUUCGUAGCGGGCGUCGGCAAGGGCCUCGUCAGCAGCGUGGUCAAGCCGAUCGGCGCCGUCGGCCGCGCCGUGGCCCACAUCUGCGCCGGCGUGGCAGCCCAGGUCGGGAGCGCCGCAGAGGGCGCGCACCGGGAGGUGGUGCGCGUCCGGCGCCCGCCUCGGCUCCUGGCUGGGCCGCUCGGGGCGGUGGUGGAGUACUCGGAGCUCGAGGCACACGUUGCCAGCAAGCUGCCAGGCAUCCGGAUCGAGGUCGUCGUGCCACUGUGCUACAGCACCAAAGCCCUGCGCAGCGGCGCAGAGGGCCCGCGGCCUCUGCUGCAGACCUUGGUCCUCGCGACAGACGCCGUGUUCCACGUGGAGAUGCAUGAGCCAGAGUUCGUUGCCAAGGCGGAGGUGAGCAACCAUGCCGCAGAGCUGGACGCAGACCUGGCGAUGUUGGUGGGCCUCAAGGCCGACGCUGGGCUGCAGCACAAGCCGCUUCCGGAGGACGAGCAGCUGGAGGCCGCGUUGAGCGACCCGCAGUUGGCACGCGGCACCUUCAGCGAUGUCGCCGACGCCCUGCUGGAGGCACUGACCAGCGCGUCGGCAGCCAGCAACUGCACAAGAGCUGCAGCCGUGCCGCCCAGCGGCGACGAUUGGACCGAGAGGCUGCGCAGGGCGAUGUCGCUGGCACGGUCCUCGGCCACGGCGCAGGGCGGUGCUCCGAGCUGGGCCGACUCGGGGCAGCUCUGCGCUGUGCUCGAGGUGGAGAGACGAGCCGUCGCUGGGGGCUGGCGCGUGCCGUACCUGAAGACGGACGCCGAGCAGAGGCACCGGUGGAUGGACGCCGGGCUCCAGCGGAAGCACCCCCUGCUGGACCCGCAGCAGGACUGGCAGACGGCGCGAGAGCCUCCCAUAGUCAUGUCGUCGAUCUGGCAGCCCGUCGGGGGGUGGCGGCUCGUCACGGACGAGCGCACAGAUGCGGAGGGCUGGCGAUAUGGCCCCGGCUGGAGCAGCGGGUCCUGGAGGCCUUCGCCGCGGCCAGUGUUGGAUUCUGUGCGGCAGCGGAGGUGGGAGCGACAGUACCGGAUCUGCGACGUCGAGAGCGCGGCCCAGGCAGCGCCAGUGGACAGCACCUGGCUGCGCGGCAUUGGGCUGUCGACCGCUCCGACGCUUUGCAGGCGCAUGUCGCGGUGCUGCUGCUGCUGUUGCCAGGCCGUCGCUGGACAGCUGUCAGGGCGGACGCGGCGGGUUAACCGG